AUGGCCGACCACGGAAUAACGUUCCUGGGGUACCAGGAUUAUUUGAGGGAGAAAUUAGAAUGUGCGGGAGUGACAGCAACUUCCAUUUUCAGAUCUGGUCUGUACAGAGAUAAAAACUAUCUUGAUUAUUACGAUUUUUCCAGACUUCAUCCGUUUUUGUCACGGACAGCUCUGAACAUGUGCGGCCCCAGCAAAAUGCCGGACUGCAUUAAGAUCAGAUCCUAUGAAGAAUAUUCACGUUUGAAACGAGUUCAUGCUACGAAACCUGAUUGUUUCAGAUGUCCAGCCGUUGAAAGUGCCGAAAUAGCCCGUUGGUACAAGGAAAGGUGGUUCCAUGAUGAUGAAAAGUGGAUGGAACAAAAAAGGUUUCCAAUGCAGAACACCUUCGAUACCAAACCCAAAUGCAGAUAUCUUUAA